AUGAGCGAAAGAUGGUACGCGGUGCUUAAGGCAAGUUCGGGGACCAGCCUCCAGCAACGCAUUUUCCAGACAAAUGAAUCAGUCGUCGACAUAUCAAACUUCACUUCCAUUUCCAUCUUUGAAUCUUUCUUCCUUUCUCCAUUCUUCCACCUUUCACGUUUCAUCGUGCCUUCACUAUGGAACCAUUCUCAACUGCCCUCCCUAAGCCAAGCACCACAGCUACCCUGGGUCGGUAAUGGCACUUCAUCAGUCGUCAGACAAGUCUCCGCUUCAGUGGUAGUCAAGGUACCUCAUGUCGAGCCAGGCAGAUUAACCGGGUGUCAACUUGAGACCGAGGCUGCAAUCUACGAGCGAUUCGGACCGCACCCCAACAUCACCAGGUUCAUCGCCUCCAAAGACGGCAAUAAUGUAACAUAUGAAUAUUAUAUUCAAGAUUACAGACAAUCUAUGUACAAAAUCAGUACUCCUAGUCCACACUCCAGUGAACAACCUGCUGAACCCUAA